CCACCCUCGACCCCAUGAGUAGUACCGCCGAAGUGGCCGCCGAGUUGGCGGCCGACUGUUUGCAGCUCUGCACAUCAGCCUGCUCCCGGGGCAUCAGCGGUGUCCUGUCUCUGGAUCCCAGCCGUGUGGCCAGCUGCCUCGGCAGCCAGGCGGCCGCCGGCGGGGUGCUCGCCCCGACCGGCGAGGUGGCCGCCCUGCUGGGAUCCGCCACGCCGACCCGGCUGCAAACACUCUUCUGGGCCUGGCUGACCACGGUCGGUGGCAUGCCUCCCUUCCUGACGCAGCUCCCGCUCCUGGCAUACGUCUUCGCCAGCCUCCAUGACAGCGAUGUCGACGCCGCCUUUUUCCGCCUCUGCGUCAGCUACGGCGUGCCGGUCUUCCUGUGGUGGUGCUUCAGCCGGCACAUUGUUCUCGGUCUUGUGGCCGUGUUGGUGCUGUACAAGCUCUUCACGCGCAGUGUUCCCUACUCGCCGAUUCGAGUUCCCUCCGGCGCCCUGCGGCGCCUGACUCGUCGGGUGACCAACACCCGGGUUUUCCGCGCGGUGCUCGGCAACGAGCAGGUCCAGGACGGCAGCGAUCUGGACCUGGUCAACCCGUACGCCAUGUCGGUGUUCGUGCGGGCCGUCACCCCGCUGGUGCUUCUGCUCAACCGCGUUCUGGACUACAUCCCCCGCAAGCCUGUCCGGCCAAAGACCAUCGAAGGGCCCAAGAUUGCCUACCUUUUCCAUGUCAUCAACAAGAUCGAUGCAUUCCUGGCACGCUACCUUCCGGCGUCUCUCGCCAAGCCCAAGCGCAUGCAAUCCCCCCUACUGCCGCUGCCCAUUAAGUUGACGCACCUGCGUGCGGAGCGCGCCGUGCGCGAGGGUGCCAUCGAUGGAGACCACAGCGCCGACGCGGCGCUCCUCUUCCUGCGCGGCAUGCUGGACCCGGUGGACCCGGAGAACCCGUGCGGCAUCGAUGCCCCUGGCUUCCCGCCGGUGGACCCGGCCCGCCAAACGGCCCAUCGUUUGACGGCUACCGGCCGCCUGCUGGUGUCCAACUGGCUGUCCGGCAACUUCGACACGCGCUAUGUUGUCCAUCGUUACAUCAACCAGCACCCGGAGAUCCAGAACAUCCGCAUCCGUGCCCCGCUCAUGAUUCUCGGCCUCCCUCGGACCGGGUCGACCUUCCUGCAGCACCUUCUGGCGGCGGAUCCGCGCGCGCGCCAUCUCCGCUUCUGGGAGAUGAACCUGCCGGUUCCGCCCCCCAAGCGGGACACCUACCUGACUGACGAUCGUGCCCGGCUGGUGGACACCUCGCUCCAGUCCCUGGGAAUCAUCAGCCCGGACUACUUCACCGCGCUGGCUGAGUUCCAUGAGAUUCGUGGUUACGGCAUCGAGGAGGAGUUGCUCAUCUUGCAGCAUGGUGUGGCUCUCUUCUCGCAUUACUUCCUUGCCGGCGAAGACAGCGCCUUCCAUGAUUGGUUCAUGGACCCCAACAACAAGGCCUACCUGUACCGGUACUUCCGGCUCUUCCUCCAGCUGCUGGCAUACCAGUACGAGCCAGUCUCCCACUGGGUUCUCAAGGCUCCGGUGCACUCUCUCUAUCCGGAGGCCCUGUUCAAUGAGUUCCCCGAUCUGCGGGCGGUCAACACCCACCGCGACCCGCGCUAUGUCUUGGCUUCCUGGACCAAGUUCCAAGUGCAGAUGCUGUCCAUCUACCAGCCGGACGAUCGCGACCUGGGCCCGCCCUAUGCCGUGCUCACGUACAAGAUGCUGCUGAACAUGGCCAACCGGCUGAUGGACUUGCGCGACAAGCUCGGGCCCGAGCUGGACCGCAAGCACUUCUUCGACAUCGAGCUGGUCGACAUGAGCGCCGACCCGGUGGGCACCGUGCGUCGAGUGUACGACCACUUCGGCAUGGACUUCGAUGGGGCGGACAACUUCCCCCAGCGGAUCCUGGCCACGGCCAAGUCGGAGCGCGAUCGGAGCGACCGCCUGCGCAAGGUGUCGGUCAAGCGCCGUGCCGCUUCCGGCGCCCUCUCCCUGUCGGACACCGUGGGCGGCAACUCGCACCUCAUCCAGCAGCAGCUGAAGCAGCAGCAGCAGCAGCAGCAGCAGCAGGACUACCUGCAGCAGCGCGAGCGGUCGGCCGCCUCGACGGUGGCCUCGCCGGUGGCCACUCCCCCUUCGCUGUCGCUGAGCACCCUGUCGACCCCUUCCUCGCCGAGGCUCCCGGUGUCCGACACCCAUGGCAGCGGCCUGUGCCGGCAGUUCACCAGCGCCGAUAUCAAGAACAGUCGCGAGCUGGCCCUCUAUGGCAUCGAUGAGCUGCGCAUGGAGCAUGACUUCGCCCGGUACUAUGGCCGGCACUUGCCCUCGGUGCGGCUGUACAUCUACAACGGCCAUUCCAGUGCCGAGUGGCUGUCCUUCGGCCAGGCCAUUGGCCAGGCUGCCGGGCCCGGGGCCUGCCCGUGCCGUCGGAGCUCCGACCCCAUGCCGGAUCUGUCGGCCACGGCACCGAUCUCCGGGCAGGAUGCCUCGUCCCUGUCCUCGGAUGAUGGGGAGGACUCCUCCUCCGUGGACCUGUUGGCCACCGCGCCAGCGGUCCAGGCCACCGCCGGAGGGGUCUCCUUCUCGCUGGCCGGCGUCGAUGGCGGUGAUGUGCAGCGCUUCGCCUCGGCCGCCGAUGGCCAGGCGACCACCACCCGGCGCCGGGUGGCCAGCCAGCAAGCCGUCUCCGAGUAG